ACUACGUGUUUCUGUAUGCUUGUUUUAUUUUGUUUUUUCUUCUUAACCCAUUUUACUAAUACUUAUAGUAUUCUCCGUCAAUGCUCUCUAGUUUAUAUUGUAAGUAUUUGGCUUUUCCUAAGUUAAAAGCUUCAAGAGAUAGUAAGCAAUAUCUGGAAAAGAAGAUCAAAUUGGCAACCAUUAAAUCAAACCAUGUGUUGUUGCUCUGAAGACUGUGAGUGCAGGCCUCUUGGGUUUUUGUUGGGCCUGCCUUUUGCCUUCUUGUCUCUCCUCAUCUCCCUUGUGGGUGUGGUUGUUUGGAUAGUUGGGUUGCUUUUGACAUGCAUAUGCCCAUGUUGUCUUUGUGUGACCAUCAUAGUUGAGUUUGCUCUGGCGCUGAUCAAGGCUCCGAUAGUGGUUAUGGAGUGGUUCAUCUCCAAGAUUCCAUGUUAGAUAUUUGUAUUUUUAAAGUGGUAGAUGCGAAUUUUGGUGGAUUCUUUUGUGAAUUGCCUUCUUAGUUGAUUCAUGUAUUUGAUUAAAUUAUGUCCAAAUGAAUGUAAGGAAUUUUUCAUUUCCCCAAUGGGAAAAAAAAUUAUAUUUCUUCUGUGUCA